AUGGGCCCCAACGCCUGGAGCCUGUGGGUUCUGUUCUGUGCUUGGACAUUCGAGCAAAGUGUGGCUCUGUCCCGUAAACGAAGAGGCUGGGAGGAGGAUGUGGACAACGGUCCUAAAAAGUGUGCUUACACCUUCCUGGUACCUGAGCAGAAAAUCACAGGACCCAUUUGUGCAAGUCGUGGACCCUCACUGCCUGACAAAGACCGAGUGACACGCAUGGACAUUGCGGACGUUCGUGAUCUGAUGUCCAAGCAGCGGCGUGAGAUUGACUCUCUGCGGAUGGUGGUGGACGUGGACAGCAACAUGGUAAGCGAGAUUAAGCUAAUGCGCAAGGAGUCGCGCAACAUGAACUCGCGCGUCACACAGCUCUACAUGCAGCUUUUGCACGAGAUCAUUCGGAAGAGGGACAACUCGCUGGAGCUGGCGCAGCUGGAGGGUCGCAUCCUCAACGCCACGGCGGAGGCGCUGCGGCUCUCGGCCCGCUACAGGGAGCUCGAGGUGCGAUUUUCCUCUCUCGCCGCUGUGGUCAAUAACCAGUCGGUUCUAAUCGGUGCUCUGGAAGAGAGGUGCCUACAGGGGUACGGAAAUGCCAGAGAGGAGCCGCUGCCUCCACCGAUGGUUCAGGUGGUUCCAGAGAACAUUCCGGUGCAUGUGCCCCGUUUCUUCAAUGAGAUCCAGAGGGACCCUGGCCAGGCUUUCCCCAGGGACAGGGGCUCCAGAGCAGGCCCAGAUCCCACUGGGACUACUCUGAAACUCGAUCGACCUCCGGAUGGCAACUUUAGCUUUGAAGGUCCUUACCGUGACUGCCUUCAUGCAACGCAGGCUGGUCAUGCCACCAGUGGAAUAUACCUUUUAAAACCAGACGGAAGUGAGAGGCCGAUACAAGCCUGGUGCGAACACGAUCUAGACAACGGAGGCUGGACCCUCAUCCAGAGACGGAAGGAUGGAUCUGUUAACUUUUUCAGAGACUGGGAGAGUUAUAAGAAAGGUUUUGGCAACAUAGAUGGUGAGUACUGGCUGGGUCUGGAGAACAUAUACAAUCUCGGGAAGCAGAGUGACUACAAGUUACUGGUGGAGCUGCAGGACUGGAUGGAUAAGAAGGUUUAUGCAGCGUACAGCAGCUUCCACCUAGAGCCUGAGAGUGAAUCAUACCGUCUGCGUCUGGGCACCUACCAGGGCAACGCUGGGGAUUCAUUAACCAGCCAUAAUGGCAAACAGUUCACCACACUGGAUCAUGACAAGGAUGCCUUUGCAGGAAAUUGCGCUCACUUUCAUAAGGGCGGCUGGUGGUACAACGCGUGCGGUCAGGCCAACCUCAAUGGUGUGUGGUAUUCUGGAGGUGUGUAUCGCAGCAAGUUCCAGGAUGGAAUCUUCUGGGCAGACUAUGGCGGAGGCUUUUACUCUAUGAAAUCUGUGCGCAUGUUGAUCAGGCCCAUCGACUGAAACAAGAAUAAAGCUUCCUGUCAUCGUCAUUACCAUAAACAUGAAAUGACAAAGCUGGCACAGUUGGGAUGGGGAAAGCCUGAUUUUAAAGAACCUAAAUGUCAGGAAAAGAAGAACUCAGAAGCUCAGCUCUUUGGACAUACCUCCCUCAGCACUUAAUAAACUGUAUCAUGGUCAAAAACCAAAUGCAAAAGUCUGUGCUUCAUUUACAGUUCAGUUAAAAGUCACUAGGCUUAUUUUGCUCUGAUGUGCUGUAAAAAUGGUGUUGCUUUGUUUAAUUCAAAUUUGCUUGACCAAAGGAAAGAAACAUUGUGUAACCAAAAAUGCACAUAGAUAUUCUGGCUUUAAUUCACCAAAGCCGAAGGGACAUCAUAAACUGAAUUUACAACUUCCUGCUGGCAAGGAGUAGAACAAAUCCUGGAAGAAGGUAAUGUAAAUAAUAAAAUCACUGAUCUUUUACAUUCUAGUACUGUUUUUAUAUAGCUACAAUUUGUAGAGUGUGUUAAUCGUGCUUCAAUUCUGCAGAAUAAAA